CUAGUUUGCCACCCUCUACAAAAAGACCUUCACUAGACUUAAGCAGAGCAAAAUCUCAUGGACUCGUCUCAAAACGAUGGCGCAUACCAACCACUUCUCCAGCCUCAGCUUUCUCCGGCGACGGAGUCGAACAACAGCGAGUUAGAGAGAGUCCUAUCCGACGUUGAAACUCCCCUGUUUGCCCGUCUGCGUAAAGCCACGAUGAUUGAAUCCAAACUUCUCUUCAAGCUUGCUGCGCCUGCUGUCAUCGUCUACAUGAUAAACUAUCUCAUGUCCAUGUCAACUCAAAUCUUCUCCGGCCACCUAGGAAACCUAGAACUCGCCGCCGCUUCUCUCGGGAACACCGGGAUACAAGUCUUCGCCUACGGUCUCAUGCUAGGAAUGGGGAGUGCGGUGGAAACGCUUUGUGGACAAGCGUUUGGAGGUAGGAAGUACGAUAUGCUCGGCAUUUAUCUCCAGAGAUCCGCCGUAUUACUCACUCUCACCGGCGUCUUCCUCACCUUUAUCUACGUCUUCUCCAAACCUUUUCUACUUUUCCUCGGGGAAUCGCCGGAGAUAGCUUCCGCCGCGUCUCUCUUCGUCUACGGUCUCAUCCCUCAAAUCUUUGCCUACGCAAUGAACUUCCCGAUCCAGAAGUUCCUACAGGCUCAAAGCAUUGUUGCUCCAAGUGCUUACAUUGCAACAGCCACUCUCUUCGUUCAUCUUCUCCUUAGCUGGCUCGCUGUUUACAAGCUUGGGAUGGGGAUUCUUGGAGCGUCGCUCGUGCUCAGCCUCUCGUGGUGGGUUAUAGUGGUGGCUCAGUUUGUUUAUAUCGUGACGAGUGAUCGGUGUCGUGAGACGUGGAGAGGGUUCAGUGUGCAAGCGUUCUCGGGGCUACCGAGUUUCUUCAAACUCUCAGCCGCCUCUGCCGUGAUGCUUUGCCUUGAGACUUGGUAUUUUCAGAUCUUGGUUCUUCUUGCCGGACUUCUCGAGAACCCGGAACUUGCUCUUGAUUCUCUCUCCAUUUGCAUGACGAUUUCAGGAUGGGUGUUUAUGAUAUCUGUUGGAUUCAAUGCAGCGAUAAGUGUAAGAGUGAGUAAUGAACUUGGAGCUGGAAACCCUAAAUCAGCAGCGUUUUCUGUAAUCAUCGUCAACAUAUAUUCAUUAAUCACAUGUGUGAUCUUGGCCAUCAUUAUUAUUGUGUGCCGUGACUAUUUGAGCUAUGCAUUCACUGAAGGUGAAAAAGUAUCAGCUGCGGUUUCUGAUCUAUGUCCGCUUUUGGCCGUAACGCUUAUUCUCAAUGGAAUCCAACCUGUCCUUUCUGGUGUGGCGGUUGGAUGCGGUUGGCAAACGUUUGUGGCAAAAGUUAACGUUGGAUGUUACUACAUUAUUGGAAUUCCUCUUGGGGCUCUCUUUGGGUUUUACUUCAAGUACGAUGCCAAGGGUAUAUGGACAGGAAUGAUUUGUGGUACGCUUAUACAGACGGUUAUUUUGGCAUGGGUCACGUUCAGAACAGACUGGACAAAAGAAGUGGAAGAAGCUUCCAGAAGAUUGGACAUAUGGAGCAACAAGAAAGCAGAAGUAAUUUCGAAAUGAUGUUAAGCUUGGAAUUAAUAACCUGAAAUAUUAUUUUUUGCCCAAACAUUAUACUUUGAUGCAUAAUUAAGUAAACUUAUUAUAUCAGCAUAGAUAUUAAACAUAAGGGAAAGGAAAUUAAAUGUUGUUUUAUUCAAUCUGACGAACAGUUGAAUCC